AAGGCAUUCGAGCAUAAUCUUAAAUUAGCCGACGGAGCGGUAUUUUUCCGGCACCAGCAUCCCUCCAUCCAUCCUUCCAUCCAUUAUAGAAAACCCAAAUACCGUAAUAGGCUAUAAACGCACCCGAGUGGAGGAAGAAACACUGCGAUAAUGGAUGUGUACAGAAUCCUGAAGGGUUUAUUUGUAGGUUUACUCUGAUCAUCGCUGCCUGACGUUGGUACACGUCAAUACAGUUUUCACAUCUGGGUUGCUUUUCUGGACUCAUUUUAGAUUUGGAGUGGAUUCUCAAAGGAGUCAAUUCAGCAUUGCAUUGUGACAAAGCGCAGGGCUGAAGUGUCCAACGAUGUCUGGGGCCUCGGUGAAAGUGGCGGUCAGGGUUCGUCCCUUCAACUCAAGGGAGACCAGCAAAGAAUCCAAAUGCAUUAUUCAGAUGCAAGGCAACUCUACCAGUAUAUUGAAUCCCAAAAACCCGAAAGAGCCACCAAAGUCCUUCAGCUUUGACCACUCGUACUGGUCACACACCACGCCGGACGACCCCUGCUUUGCAGCGCAGAGCCAGGUGUACAAUGACAUCGGGAAGGAGAUGCUGCAGCACGCCUUCGAAGGCUACAACGUUUGCAUAUUUGCUUAUGGCCAGACUGGCGCUGGCAAGUCCUACACAAUGAUGGGAAAGCAGGAAGAAGGACAGGAAGGCAUCAUUCCUCAGCUCUGUGAAGAACUCUUUGAGAAAAUCAAUGACAACAACAACGAUGAUAUCUCUUAUUCAGUGGAGGUGGCAUACAUGGAAAUUUACUGUGAGCGAGUGAGGGACCUGCUCAACCCCAAGAACAAGGGAAACCUCCGUGUAAGGGAGCAUCCUCUGCUCGGGCCAUAUGUCGAAGAUCUGUCCAAAUUGGCCGUUACGUCUUAUACGGACAUCGCUGACCUCAUGGAUGCUGGUAACAAGGCCAGGACCGUCGCUGCUACUAACAUGAACGAGACCAGCAGCCGCUCGCAUGCCGUCUUCACCAUUGUCUUCACACAAAAGAAGCAUGACAGCGAGACAGACCUGUCCACAGAAAAGGUCAGCAAAAUCAGCCUGGUGGAUCUGGCAGGCAGUGAGCGUGCUGACUCAACUGGGGCCAAAGGCACGCGUCUGAAGGAAGGUGCAAACAUCAACAAAUCUCUGACAACCCUAGGAAAGGUCAUCUCUGCCUUGGCUGAGGUGAGCAAGAAGAAAAAGAAGACAGACUUCAUUCCUUACCGUGACUCUGUUCUCACAUGGCUCCUGAGAGAGAAUUUGGGUGGGAACUCGAGGACAGCUAUGGUGGCUGCUCUGAGCCCUGCUGACAUUAACUAUGAUGAAACCCUGAGCACCUUGAGAUACGCCGACCGAGCCAAGCAGAUCAAGUGCAAUGCCGUGAUCAACGAAGACCCCAACGCCAAGUUGGUGCGUGAGCUGAAGGAUGAAGUCACCCGUUUGAAGGAUCUGCUCAGGGCCCAGGGUCUCGGGGACAUCCUGGACAGGACUUUAGGCAUCGACAGCUGCGGGGACGGCUACGACCUGAAAGAUAUUCACAACAGUCAGCAUAGAUACUUGCUUGCAUCAGAGAACCAACGGCCUGGCCAUCUCUCCACAGCGCCAAUGGGUUCCCUCACAGCCUCGCCGUCGUCCGGCUCUCUGUGCAGCCCCACAGGCCUGCAGUCCGUCUGCAGCAUCCAGGAGCGCAUCAUGUCCACUCCCGGAGGAGAGGAGGCCAUCGAGAGGCUCAAGGAGUCUGAGAAGAUCAUAGCAGAGCUCAAUGAGACGUGGGAGGAGAAGCUGAGGAAGACGGAGGCGAUCCGGAUGGAGAGAGAGGCCCUGUUAGCAGAGAUGGGCGUUGCAAUUCGGGAGGACGGUGGAACCCUGGGUGUCUUCUCUCCUAAAAAGACCCCUCACCUGGUUAACCUGAACGAGGAUCCUCUCAUGUCCGAAUGCCUGCUGUACUACAUCAAAGACGGGGUUACAAGGGUGGGCCAGGCCGAUGCAGAGAGAAGGCAAGAUAUCGUUCUGAGUGGAGCGCACAUCAGAGAGGAGCACUGCAUCUUCCGCAGCGAGCGAAACACCAAUGGAGAUGUGAUUGUAUUGCUGGUGCCGUGUGAAGGCUCGGAGACGUAUGUGAACGGCAAGCGUGUGAGCGACGCUGUGCAGCUGCGCUCAGGUAAUCGUAUCAUCAUGGGGAAGAACCACGUGUUCCGCUUUAACCACCCUGAGCAGGCGCGAGCUGAACGAGAGAAGACUCCAUCAGCUGAGACGCCUGUGGAGCCUGUGGACUGGACCUUUGCCCAGAGAGAACUUCUGGAAAAACAGGGCAUCGACAUGAAGCAGGAGAUGGAGAAGAGGCUUACGGAGAUGGAGAUCCUUUAUAAAAAAGAGAAAGAGGAGGCUGAUCAACUGCUCGAGCAACAGAGACUGGUCUAUGAGAGCAAGCUUCAAGAACUACAGAAACAGGUGGAGCAGAUAGCCGAAACUCCUGAUGAGGAGGAGGAGGAAGAGGAAGAGGAGGAAGUGCCAUGGACACAGCAUGAGUUCGAACUCGCUCAGUGGGCCUUUAGAAAGUGGAGGUACCACCAGUUCACCUCACUAAGAGACCAGCUGUGGGGUAACGCAGUAUACCUGAAGGAAGCGAAUGCCAUCAGUGUGGAGCUCAAAAAGAAGGUCCAGUUCCAGUUUGUUCUUCUGACGGACACGCUGUACUCCCCACUCCCCCCUGAGCUUUUGCCUCCCGAGCCAGAGAAAGAACGUGACUCCAGGCCUUUCCCUCGUACCGUGGUGGCUGUGGAGGUCCAGGACCUGAAAAAUGGAGCCACUCACUACUGGUCUCUGGAGAAGCUCAAGCAAAGGCUGGAGCAGAUGCGAGAGAUGUAUGACCGUGCAGGAGAAAUGGCCUCCUCCAGUCAGGAGGAUGGAGAGGGGCCCCUGACCGGCAGCGACCCUUUCUAUGAUCGCUUCCACUGGUUCAAGCUAGUGGGAAGAGCAUUCGUGUACCUGAGUAACCUGCUGUACUCCGUGCCCCUGGUGCAUCGUGUGGCUGUAGUGACGGAGAAAGGCGAGGUGCGAGGGUUCCUGCGUGUGGGUGUCCAAGCCAUCGCAGCUGAUGAAGAGGCUCCUGAUUACGGCUCUGGUGUCCGUCAGUCUGGCACUGCCAAAAUCUCAUUCGAUGACGAGUAUUUCAAAAAGACUGAAUUCUCUUCCGUGGCACUGACCCAUUCUGGCCUUUCUAUGGAGGAGUUGCGUAUUGUUGAAGGCCAAGGACAAAGUUCAGAGGUCAUCACCCCCUCUGAAGAGAUGAACAGAAUAAAUGACAUGGAUAUGAAGCUGGGGAACGUAGAUGGUAAGCUGGGCCAAUCGGAGGGUCUGGUUGGUCAGCUGGAGGUGGGCAGCGUCUUCACUUUCCGCGUCACUGUUCUGCAGGCCGCUGGCAUCCCACCAGAGUACGCCGACAUCUUCUGCCAGUUCAACUUCCUCCAUCGGCAUGAUGAGGCUUUCAGUACAGAACCUCUGAAGAACUCGGGCAAAGGUUCCCCGCUGGGCUUUUACCACGUCCAGAAUAUUUCUGUGGAGGUCACGGAGUCCUUUAUCGAGUACAUUAAGAGCAAACCCAUCGUGUUUGAAGUGUUCGGACAUUACCAGCAGCACCCACUGCACCGUCAUGGCCAGGACACAAUCAACCCUCCACCGCCUUCUAGGAAGUACUACCCUCCACCCAUGCCUCUGUCUAAACCAGUUCCAGCCACCAAACUGAACACCAUCAGCAAGUCAAACCUGGGCCAGUGUGUGAGCAAGUAUGACCUGCUGGCCUGGUUUGAGAUCAGUGAACUGGAACCAACCGGAGAGUAUAUCCCUGCUGUAGUGGACCACACUGGAGGUUUACCCUGUCAUGGCACUUACUUACUGCACCAGGGUAUCCAGCGUAGGAUCACAGUGACACUCAUCCAUGAGAAGGGCAGUGAGCUCCACUGGAAGGACGUCCGAGAGCUGGUAGUUGGUUGGAUCAGGAACAAGCCGGAGGUGGAUGACACGGCGGCAGAUGCAGUGCUCUCUCUUAACAUCAUCUCAGCCAAAAAUAUGAAAUCCUCACAUAACUCCAACAGGACGUUUUACCGGUUUGAGGCUGUGUGGGACAGCUCGCUGCACAACUCUCUCCUGCUCAAUCGGGUCACUCCCUGUGGAGAGAAGAUUUAUAUGACCCUGUCUGCAUACCUGGAGCUUGACCACUGCAUCCAGCCUGCCAUCAUCACCAAAGACAUCUGCAUGGUCUUCUACUCCAGAGAUGCCAAGAUCUCACCUCCACGCUCUCUGAGGAACCUCUUUGGCAGCGGCUAUUCUAAAACCCCUGACUGCAACAGAGUGACUGGGAUCUAUGAACUCAGCCUGUGCAAGAUGGCCGACACAGGAAGCCCAGGCAUGCAGAGGCGAAGACGGAAAGUUCUGGACACAUCAGUGGCGUACGUGCGUGGAGAGGAGAACCUGGCUGGGUGGAGGCCCAGAGGAGACAGUCUGAUCCUUGAGCACCAGUGGGAGCUUGAGAAACUUGAACAGCUGCACGAGGUGGAGAAAACGCGUCACCUCCUGCUGCUGCGGGAGAAACUGGGCGAGUCGGUUCCUCAGAAGUCUCUGAGCGAGUCUGUCUCUCCAAGCUUGAGCAGUGGCACCCUGAGCACCUCGACCAGCAUCUCCUCACAAAUCUCCUCCACCACCUUCGAGAGCGCCAUCACACCCAGCGAGAGCAGUGGAUAUGACUCGACUGACAUCGACAGCCUGGUGGACCGUGAGAAGGAGCUGGCCACCAAGUGCCUCCGCCUUUUGACUCACACAUUUAACAGUGACUAUAACCAGAUGUGCAACAGCAUUAGCGCCUGCCAGCUGUCUGAUAUCUCACCCAUGGGCCGAGAUCCAUCAGUCACCAGUCUCAGCAGUGCCACCCUUACCCCGUCCUCGACCUGCCCCUCCCUGGCAGACUCCCGCUGUGGCUCAGACCAGAAGACUCCUGAGCCUAACUCCCGCGCCACCAGCCCCUCAUGCUCGGACUAUGAAAACUUCCCCAUGGUGCCCAGUGUGGAAACGUCAUACCUGGCUCGUGCUGGCAAACACGAGUUCCUCAACCUGGUACCUGAUAUUGAGGAGAUGAGGCCUGGCUCUGUGGUCUCUAAGAAGGGCUACCUGAACUUCAUGGAGCCGCGCUCGAACUCCUGGGUGAAACACUUUGUGGUAGUACGCCGCCCGUAUGUCUUCAUCUACAACAGUGACAAGGACCCAGUGGAGCGAGGUGUCCUGAACCUGUCCACUGCUCAGGUGGAGUACAGUGAGGAUCAGCAGGCCAUGCUCAAGACUCCCAACACGUUUGCGGUGUGCACUAAGCACAGAGGGAUUCUGCUCCAAGCCAACAAUGAUAAAGACAUGAACGACUGGCUGUAUGCUUUUAACCCGCUGCUAGCAGGAACAAUAAGGUCCAAACUGGCGAGAAGACGCUCCGCUUUGCUGAAAGACUAAACAAGCUUCUGAAGAGAUCACGCUCCGUUUCUUCUCCCUAGCCUUCGAGUGUUAACACUUUAUUAAAACUUUGUGAUUCUUGAUGGUUUUCUCUUCUAUGUAGACCUGUGGCUUAAAUCUUCUCUCCAGCAAAUGAACUCUUGAGUUUCUGAACACCCACUUUCCCCUUUCCUCUCCCCCCCUCCCUCCUCCUUUCUCUUUCUCCUAACCUCUCGCUAUUUUGUUCGUUUGGAUCCUUUCUGUCUUUGUUUUCGUUCUCUGCCAUAGCAGAGCCUUCUUCUAGUAGCAUGUCGUAAUAGUCUGUUUGUGUGUGCACGAUUCUUCCGAGCAGUUUCUCUUCUGUAUUUGAGUUAUUACUCGUCUGUACCGAUCGUCUUUAUCAGUGUUAUCUGUUGAGUCAGGUACGUUUUUUUUUUUUUUUUCUUCUUCUCCCGCAUGGCCACAGCAGCAGUCCUCAGGAGAUGAGCAGUUUGCUUACAAAGCCUCACAGAGUACCACUGAACAUAGAUAAACUACACUAUAUGAUUAUGAUUAUCUGAAAAGAACUAUUUCUCUCAUAGAAAAUAAUAGCUCAGUAGUUUUUACACUAGUGAGUAGAUGUCCCAACACUGGAAGAGAAGGAGACGUACCAUAUAAAGGGCCAGGGCAUGAAUUUUAAACGUAUGACUAAAUCUGGGACUAAAUGAGUAUUACUGUGGACCUGGACAGAGAAUGUGGACGGAUUUUAGUUUUUGUGCUCCAGCACAGUGCGUUUGCUUCGCAUUAAUUUAAUUCCGUGUAGUAAAAGGAUAACACGCGUCUGUUUGUAAAAGCGCAUUACUAUGUAGAACAAGAGGAGGAUGGAUGAAAGAGAACACUCUUUCCGUGACGUUUAUGCAGUUCAUCUUGAUCAGAAAACCUGUCGAAAAGAAGUCACAGAAAAGAAGAAAGCGAUUCCGAUGUGAUGAAUGAGAUGAAGGUCAUCUGUAAAUACUUUUAAGGAUUCCUGCACUUUCAUGCUAGUCAUUCUGAAACAAGAGACAUUCCUUCCGUGCUGUUGUUCACGCGAUCUUUUAUUUAUUACGAAAUCACAGCAGUUAUUUAGCCAGGAGGGUUUGAUAUCCGCAGGCCUGUCACGAUUUGAUAUUGGAGCUUGGUUAAAUAAUGAUCCAGUGGUCAGUGGUGGUGAACCAGCCUCUUGGCUCUCCAUCAGAAAACGCUCCAUGAUCAUGUUGAACCUGAAUCUAUGAAUUUAACCUUAACUAAUUAUUGUACUCAUUUAUCUUAACUUAUUAUUUCUAAUGCUGCUUGUUUUAUAUCUCAUUAACUUGAAUUUGAAUUUGAAGCAGGUUGUUGGAAGAAGGGCUUUUUUUUUUUUCUUCUUUUUUUAAAUCCAGCCGAUAGUUUUGCACAAUGACACAAACACAAGUGGAUCACUGAAGUAGAUUUGGUCCGACACUGUCUGUUUGUUCGUUUGAAGGGUUAAUUAUUUUGCAGUGUGAUGCAUAGAAAAGGGAUAGAAUACCUGCUCAUGCUUUUGAAUUUAUCACGAAAAGAUUUGCUCUGUUAAUGUUUGAUGCAGUUCGCAUUUGAGACAUAACUGAUCGAUUCGUCUUUCACGCUUUCACUUUGCCUUGCAUUAAGCUGGACAGUUUUGACAAGGAGAUAUAUGUGACCUGGCACACAGAAAGCCUCUGGCCAGCCAACCAGGAGGUUGUGUGCUUCAUGUACUCUACGUAAAGCUAAUGCGGCUUAGUGUAAGGCCUGGAUUUCAAAUGAAGCCAAGUCAAAAUCCUGAACGCUCAUGACUCCUGUAGUCUUAAGGUCAUGCGAAAGCUUUCCGAUAACAAACUAAAAUGGCCGACGGUCCUGUUCUGAAGUCGGGCAGCCUGAGAAACAGAAACGACGACGUGAUGAUGGGGGGGGGGACGUGUUUAAAGUGUUAUCUGGACAUAUAUUUAUUUCUUAUGACACAUUUUUAAAGAGCAAGGGUGCUGUCAUGCCAUCGUUUCAUCAUAAUGUCAAUAUUGAAGGAAAAUGUGGUCAUGAAUUCCAAAAACAUGAGCAAGUUGCGUAAUCUUGACGGAGCAAAGAGUUUCUCUUGUGAGAGACUUUAACUGCAUAGACUUAGACAAGCAUCAUCUGGGAUUUUUUUUUUUUUUUUUGCAGUGUAUAUAUUAAUUUGCAGUUCUUUGCACAUUUAAGAGGUGAUGACUAACAGAUCAAAUAAAACCUGAAGUGGAUUUCUAGCGUUUACUCAAAUAUGAACAAGAUAGGAUAAAAUCAGAUCACAUAACGUGAUGUGUUAGUUAGAAGUGUAUUUUUGAAUGUACCUCUGCGAUGUCACUGAGAAAUAUUCACUAAUUGCAUUGAUGUAAGAGCAAAACGGAAACCUUUUUUCUUUUUUUAACUGUCAGCUUGAGUCAUUCUAGUGCUGCCUGUUGAUUUCAUUUGGUUGCGCCACUCCAACAAAUCCACCCAGUUUAAGUUCAGGUGUGUACCUCAGAGUUAUGAUGAUGUGGGGAGGGAUACUGUUUAGAUUUAUUUUCUAAUAUCAGGGACUAUAUUUUUAGAGGUAUUAAUCAUUACUCAUGCUUAUACCAUUUAAUCUUUGUUUCUCAGUCAUUGUAUUGCCUUCCGAACCACUCUGGUAUACACGCCCUCUCAGAGGUCUCCUUUUAUUAACCUCCCACUCGUUUUGUUGAAAGACGACAAGCUAAACCAAGGCGUUAACACUGUACAUUAUUUGUCAGAUUGGCUUCAUUUUCAUACUUAUUUUGUAAAUAUUACAUGUUGUAUGGAGCUUGAAUUAAAAUGUAAAUAUGUCUCCUGUAUUUGUAAUACUUAUAAUCCAUUCGCUGUAUAGCCUAGAUGUGUAAUGCAGAUAUCUUAAUUCUGUGUAUGGUAAUCUUGCACCAUUGAUCUGUUUAGUGAAUGAGGUAACAAUAAAGUCCAUCCAGUGCAUUAGCAGAGAAACUUCACACGUCUCUUUCUUUUAAAGCUUCAUCGAUCAAAUAGCUACUUGAAUAUACGGGAUCGUUUUGCUUGUUGGACUAAAUCACAUUCACUGUAGUAGUUGACGACAUGUCUUUUCUGUAGUUUUCUGCUUUUAUGGCUGAGGACUACAGUUGACUUGCUAACUUUAGGGCUGCAGUUGUCAUGAACAGUUUUGCACUCAAGUUUCCAUCAAUGAACAGUUUAUAACAUCAACGAAACUGUCUUCAUGUUAAAACUGUUAAUGUUAUAGUCAUGCUGUCUGUUGUUGCCCAAAUGAGGAUGGGUUCCCUUUUGAGUCUGGUUCCUCUCGAGGUUUCUUCUUCAUGUCGUCUGAGGGAGUUUUUCCUCGCCACCGUCGCCACAGGCUUGCUCAUUGGGGAUAGAUUAGGGACAAAAUUAGCUCAUGUUUGAAGUCGUUCAAAUUCUGUAAAGCUGCUUUACGACAAUGUUUAUUGCUAAAAGCGCUAUACAAAUAAACUUGACUUGACGUCUUUUCUGUAGUUAAAGCAAA